AGACGCGGAGCGACGCGGCAGCAGAGCAUCGACCCGCUGGCUGAACAUGGAGCCCGGCCGCCCGCUCCCCGACCACCGGGACCCGCACGGAGACGCACCCGCCGGCAGAGCCUCGGCGCCGACACGGGGGCGCGGCUGUGGAAGGAAAAGAAAAGGGACCCCGGUGAAAGUGUUUCUUACACACACCGAGGAAGAGAGCGUGCCUGAACACGGCUUCAGCCCAGGUGAUCGGAGGAAGGACACGGCAGAGAGUAAGCGACCCACACUGGACGGGCCUUUCUACAACACUGAGGCCGCUGCUUACAAGUGCGGUCCAUCGGAGCCGACCCAGGAUAAAGUCUCUGGCGGGUCCAAGUCCAGCUCGUGCCCGGCCUCCAGCCCAGCUCCGUCUGCCCCCCCCCUGACACCGGUACCCGUCCCCGCCCCGACCAGCACGGCCUCAGCUCUGACACCUGCGUCCGCGGCUCCACCCGCCCCGCCGGCUCCAGCUGCCAGCGCUUUCCCUCCCUCGCCUAACUGCCGUAUCCGAGAGGUCCACUGCGGAAACCAGGUGCGCCUGGUCGUCAUCGCCAUUCGUGACAUCACCAAAGGGGAGGAGAUCACCGUUGACUACAGCCUCACAGAAUGGGGGGAGAAUCUGGGUUUCCGGCCCAACGUGUCUCCAGCACAGCAGGAGUGUAUCUCUGACACUGAGAACAGCAACAGUAUCAAAAAGGAGGAGGAGCCUCUGUCUCUGACGGUCCAACAGCGUCAGCGACCACAGCAUCAUCAGCAUCAGCAGCAGCAGCAGCAGCAGCAGCAGCAGCAGCAGGAAUACGUCACCCCCUCUUGGUCUCUCUCCCCAUCUUCCUCUCCCAUCUCCCACUCGGACGCCAGUGAAUCGGAUGCUGGAGAUGAGGACGGCUCCAGCCCGCGCGGGCGCGCUCUUCGCCGGAGAAAGAAACGCCGCGGCACCCCGUCAAAGAAAAAGACCCCCCGCCGAACCCCGCCGCGGCGUCCCUCCCCGGUCUCUUCCUCAGGCGUUCCUCACCUGGACCGUCCUCCUCCGUCCCACUCUCAGUCCUCCGCUCCCUCCUCCUCCUCUUCCCCGUCGAAGCAGCCCGUGUUCAAACCUCCGGCUCCUCUGGACGCCGGAUCGCCGGGAAGCGCCUCAAAGGGCGGCGUUUCCAUCGACGCCAUGCGGCAAACCUGCGAGCACUGCGGGCGGCACUUCCGCUCCCUGGGCCGCCACCUGGACAAACACCACGCCCACCAGCCCGAGGUGUGCUCCGCCCUGGUCGAGCGCUACACGCAGAUGCCCCGCCUGCACGUCCCGAGCACCGGCCCGGCCGCGGCGCUCGCCCAGCAGCCGCCCGCCAAGUUUUCCCACGUCAGAGGACAAAGCCGCAAUUCGGAUUCCCCGCAGAGCGUAGUCCAGGACCUGUCCAUGUCUCCGCCCACUCUCACGGCAGCCGGCCAAUCCCCGGCUUCCUCCGGGAGGACGCCCACGCCGCCGGCGCUGACCCCUCCCCGAGCCCAGAGCGCCGUGCCGGUGUCCGUCCUGAAGAGGAGCCCGCCGCCCGUCACCGCGCCGCAGUCCAAGAAGGGAGCGGCGAGGAGAAUAAAGAAGGAGAGACAGGCGGAGGAAGAGGAGAAUGAGGAUGAAGAUGUGGAGGUGGUGGAGGUGAAGAGGCCCAAAGAGGAGGAGCACAUGGAGCUGGUGUGCCCUCAGCCCUUCAGUAGCAAAGCAGCCAAAGAGAGGGAGCCGCCCAAAGAGGAAGAGGAGGAGGUGGAAGACGAGGAGGAGAAUGGACUGAUGGAAGUGGAAGAUGACAGUGGAACAGAAGACAAGGAAAAAGAGCUUCUCAGUUCGGGGCGACACGGGAUGCUGCCCCUGCUCUCGUCCCUGUCCUCCCUGGUGCUGUACCUGCGGCGGCUGCAGCACUCGGCCUUCCUGUCUCUGUCCCGGCAGCUGCAGUCCGCCGAAGCCUGGCGGCUCCUGUGCCACUCCAGCCUGGCGCUGCUCAUCCUGUACAACCGGCGGCGGGAGUGCGAGGUCUCCAAGCUGUUGAUCGCAGAGUACCGCUCCCGCGUGACUCCUCAGUGCCCCGUCCCCGUCCCGCCCGGGGCUCCCCCGGCUCUCACCCCCCUGGAGGCCUCCCUGUCCCCCUUCGAGCGGAUGGUUCUCCCGCACCUGCCCCGCGUCGGGGUUCAGGGGAAACGCGGACGCGUCCAGCCGCUCAUCCUCCCGCCUCACUGCGAGCCGUGUCUGGAGCUUCUCCUGCAGACGCGGCAGGACGUCGGCGUCGACCCCGCCAACCCGUACGUGUUCGCCCGGCCUUACCACUCGCCCGCCACCCCGCUGCGGGGCACCGACCUCCUCCGCAGCCUGGCCCGUUCCAGCGGGACCCGCAACCCCCGCGCCCUGACCCAGACCAGGGUUCGCCGCCAGGUGGCCAUCCUGACCCAGCUGCUGCUCCUGGGAGAGGGCGAGGAGCCCGGACUGCCCGGGCAGCCCGGCAGCAGCGCCGUGGAGAGGCUGGAGCAGUUCCUGGAACGGGAGUACCACGUGACGCAGAACUGCGCCGGGAUCGGCCAAGACCCCGGCCUGAUGGGCCGCGUGGGCCGGGUCGUGCUGUGCGGGGAGAGAGACGGAGUGCUGUUCCGAGGAAUGAGCCUGAACCACAUCUGUCUGGAACUGGACGUGAUGUCAGGAAACUCUGCAGACUCCUUCUCCGAGGGAGAGUCUGAAGGGGAGCAUAUGAAAGAGAAGCCCGACGUGCCGGCCCCGGUGCCGGCCCUGAUCCCUCCACCGACCCUGCUGUACGUCAGGAAGGGCAAGAACAACGGGCGGGUGGGGCGGCCCAAGAAGAUCAAGAACAUCCAGCCCCCCCCUCUUUCUCCUCCUCCUCCACCAACUCCACCUGCAAACCGGAGGAGAGGCUCAGGAAAGCGAGGGGUCCUGAAGCGGCCGUGGUCGGAGGCGGAGCGCGCCGCAGUGGAAGAACACCUGAACCACAACAUUAACGAGCUCCGAGUCCCGGCCAAGGCGGACUGCGAGCGCUGUCUGCAGCUUUGCCCCCUGCUGGUCAACAACCAGCGCGACUGGCGAGCCAUCAAGUUCUACUGCCACAACCGCAUCCAGUUGCUGAAGAAAAACAUGCGACGGGAAAACGAGCCGCAGCCCCUGAUCGUCUGUUGAGAACCAGCCAACCGCCGGUUUCUGAAACCCACUUCAGUUCAGAGCAGCUACCCGGGGCAGAGUCUCGGCUGGUUCCCCGCUGCCCGUAAAACACAAUAGUCUGGAGAGUCCUAAUGUUUACUCCACUCUCCCUGGUGAUUAAUCCUUUUGACACAUGAUGCUAUUACAAUAGCAGAUAUUCCUAUGAACCUUUUUACAGCCACUCUGUGUCAAAAAAUAACUCCUGAAGAUGUGGGGGGGAGGGCGGCAUAUCACAAGAAAGUCCUUGUAAAGUGCAGCUCCCGUGGGACAAAGCCCCCACUCUUUAGUGCAGUAAUAUCAGAUCAGAACAGAUCUAUAUACCCCCAUGUGGUCAGAUGUGGUAUUACUCCAUACAGUGGCUUUAACGUCUUAAAACGAUGCCAGAUCGCUUAGAGGGGCCUUGGUUUUUCCAAGGUGCCCUGAUGAACUCCAUAGACCCUGGCAGCAGCCUGUGCUCUUGUACAUGGACAUAUUCUCCUUCAAAAUGGACACACUAAGCGGAUAUGUGGACGAGGGGCGGGGCGGCAGCCCCCUACGGUGUUGUCAUUUGAGCGUUGUGAAGUAGCAUUUGUGUUUUUACGCACUAGAAGAUGUCGAUAGUGGCCCCCGAUCGGGCCCCCCAACUUUCCUUCAUAGCGGCUUUACAGUUAGACUAGUCCUAACAACGGCGAAGCAAGAUCUUUUCAAAUAAGCUAGUUCUUCCCUUCAUAUGACAGACUGUGCAAUCCCGAAUACGGUUUCAUGGUACCAGGACCUUACAUGGGAGGUACUCGAGGAUGAUUUAAAGUUGUGGUUUUGAGCUUCUUUUUUUUUUUUUUUUGCCUCCCUCAAAGUGAAACGAGCACGACUUCAGUAGAAAUCGGUUUUGCAAGUUUGACGGUUUAAUGCCUCAGAAUGUUUUGAAGUUGCUCUGAGAAGUUGCCUGAGAUGUUGAACAACAGAAUCAGAAGAACUGUUAAGGUGGCUGUUGUCUUUAUCGUUUUUUCAGUACAGAUACACUUUUGUUCUUAUUUUGUAUCGUUUUUUCAUGUUACGAUUGUUGUUCAAAUCAGUAAGAAGUUGCUGGAGGCCAAUAAGCUGGAUAUCACUUUAUGUGUGGGAGUGUAGAGUUCCUCCGUGGGCAUUUAUUGGAGAAAAAGGCGUCUGUGGCGUCGCUUAAGUUUCACAGUCUGUGCUGUCGUUCUCGACGGCUAGAGCUCCUUCUGUUCGUUCCCGGCCACACUACACAAGUUUCCAGCUCCACCGGAUUUGUGUUUUUUUUUUGGUUUUGCUUCAGUGUUGCUCAAAAUCUGCAUCUCGGACUGAAACCUCCAUGAAACCUCGAAACGGAUACUUGAAGUUAUUUAAACCUUUUACAGAAUCUUUAUCUCUUUCUCGCUCUAGCCUUGCCAGUUACACUGUACAUAGCGUAUAAACUAUCAUUAAUCUAACUGGUUGUGUGUUGCUAGACACGUAGCUUUCCGACUUAUUUCUGUCUGUACAUAACCCCUGUUUGUAAAUACUCAGAGAAACAAAGAAAAACACAAUGUAUGACUUGCCUUGGUUAUUGUGUUGUUUUUUCUUCUUUUUUAUUUUAUAAAUCUUAUAAAAACUUAAAGCUCUA